AUCUGACGAAUAUAACGGACCCGGAUAGAUUAAUGCCGUUACAAACGUAUUACUUUUAUGAUCGAGAUAAAAGUCCGUUUUAUGAAAUAACAUACACCUUGCAAUCUAUCGGCAUAUUUAUGUUUGGUGCUGCGUACACCAGUACAGAUUGUUUUUUAAGUCUGCUGGUCUUUCACGUGUGCGGUCAGCUGGAGAAUCUCAAGGCACGCGUCAUCGACCUCGAUAAAUUUAACAAUUUCGAAAACGUUCUAUCUUACAGCGUACAGGAUCAUAUACGUCUCAUCAGAUCAAUCUAUAUCAUUGAUGAUAUAUUUACUUUGAUGCUGCUUGGGGCGCUCUUUUACUUUGGCAUAUUAUUCGCUUUUCAAGGUUUUUUAUUUGUUAGUAUAAUAACUCAGCGUGGUGACGUCUCUAUACUACGUUUAACUUGUAUCAUAAUAGUGUUUAUUAACACGUUUGCACAUACAUGCCUUUACUGCACCGUGGGAGAAAUUAUGGUCGCGCAAUGCGAGGGAAUUUACGAGGCCGCAUGCGAGUGCAAAUGGUACACAUUGGAGCCGAAAAAAGCGAGAAACGUAUUGAUCAUAAUGAUUUCCGCCAACAAACCACUGUAUCUUACCGCGGGAAAGCUGUUCCCUAUGACAAUGUCUACGCUUUGUAAUUUGUUAAAGACAUCGGGCGGUUAUAUAUCGAUCUUGCUGGCACAUCGGGAAUAAAAACGAGAGCGCGCCGACAAUAUCUAAAUUUAAAGCAUUGAAAAAC